GGAGGGAAGAGUCACGGAAAUAUCUUUUUUAUUUUUAUUUUUUAAAGUGGAAUUGACGCAAGCAAGCAGCAAUAGCUCAACUGGUACACACAAUAAUACCCCCAAUCAAAUUCAAAACCCCCCCAGAACUUUAAAAUUUUAUUUCUUUCUUUUUUGUUUCUUGUGCAUAAUUAUUGCAUUCAUUCAUCUAUUCCAAAGGGGAAGGAAGGAAAGAUAGAAGAGGAAUUUGUAUUUAAGUACAAGUGCUAGCAAUGAGUGACAACAAAUCACUUCUUGGGUUACAAUAUUAUUCUCAGAUGUUCAUCAUCAUUGCCAUCAAAGGCCAUGGAUGAUGGCUUUGUCAACCAACAUAUAAACUCGCUGUUGUUGCCGUUGCCGUUGCCGUCUUCAUCAUCGUCGCCAUCUUUUAUUGUUAGUAAUCUACAAUCAUACAGUUCCCUUCAAUUUACCAACACCCAUGUUUUUGAUUUGGUUACUAGAUUGAAAAAACAACCUGCCGACAUCAUCACUCUCUCUGCUUUCCUUUAGUGAAUUUCCCCGUCAUUUUGAACCCCAUCGUUAAAAUCAUUGGUAACAUGCUGCCUUUGUCAUUCGCCACUACCGUAAUCUCUUCCUCCUCCGUUUGUCAUCGUAAUGUGCAAACAAAUGCAGCUUCGGCGUUUAUGGAUAUGACGGCUCCUUCCUUAAGUGUUAGUCACUGUCACGGUGGUAGCUCACAUAUAAGGUUGUCUGGAUGUGGCUGGACUUGUAAUAACCAAAAGAGGAGUAUGUAUACAAGUUACACUCCCCCAUUGGCCUCUCUAUCUGGUAGUCACACACUGGCUAGUAAAGAUCAAGUGCACUCCAAUUUAUAUCUAGAGGUUUUGGAGGACGCCAGGGAAAAGUUUACCCAUGAGAUCCCUCGCUGCUCCAAUGACAAGGGAUACCUUUCUCUUGCUAAGGCUUUGCUAUAUGUUGCAGCUGAAGAUGAAGCUUUCAUGGCCAUUAAUCGAGAGAUGGAUUCAAAUUCUAUCCGAAGUGAACGGAGAGAAGAUGGUUCGACAUUCUUUAGACCUAAAGAUGACUGGUCCGACUUGGAGACAAUGCCUUUGGCUGGCAAAAGUAUGUCUGAAUGGUUGGCUGAGUUGGACAACAUUGCCAAAGAAGUUGAAGCAGAACUAAUUCCGAGAGAUAUAGGUUGUGAUUUGAUGGAAGUUAUGGAGGCAGUGAAUUCUGUACUUUUAGAGUACAGGGGAUUCAGAAGGUUUCCUACCCUUGUUGAUUCAAAGUUUUCAUAUUUGCAUACGGUAUUAAGCUCUGGUCGUAGCAGUGCCAUAUUGCUGAGCAUUAUCUAUAUUGAAGUUUGCCGAAGAAUUGGCGUGACAGUUAUUGGAUCUCGAGUUGGGGAGGAAUUUUUGAUAUGGCCUCAAACAGAGAACCCUGAGGAACUUUUCAAAGUGACAUCAGGGAAUAGCUUGUUUUCUCUAGUUAAUGGAAGGUGCGUAGAGGAUCCAAGCUCAAAGGCUUCCGACUUGAAAAGUAAAUCACUUUUGGGACUUGAUAUUGCAACUGACAAAGAUAUCGUUGGGAUUGCAUUGGCUAAUUUGAUUAGACUUCACUGGAAACGUGCUUCAAGGAUGAACCAUGGUUUAAUGCUGACUUCUCCACUCAGACGCAUUGGAGAGGCAAAUGAAAAUUUUAAUACGUUUGAUGAUUCAAAACACCCUUUAUUGCGCCCUCUUGAGUUAAGGUUGGCUAUAAUGGCAUCUGAAAGAUUGUUGCUUCUCCAACCACAUAAUUGGGCAUUAAGGAGAGACCAUGGCAUGCUCUUAUUCUACAGCAGGAAAUAUGCGGAAGCUGUCCAAGAGCUUAGCAUUUGCAUGGCGUUUGCACCUGUAGAAGAGGCAGAAGUUCUGGAGCCAUUUGUUGAGAAAUUGCACUUGUUACGAAUUGAAUCUUCUUGGAAGUCUUUGGAACACAACGGUGGUCGGUUGACAGUUCCUUGAUUUCAUAUUGUUUCUUUUCUUUUCCGUCUUGUUGUACAGGAGGAUUUGUUCCUUAAAUCUAAUUUUCGGUCAUUAUGUAGAAAAAAGUUGAGUUCUGUGUAAGAUCUUUAGUAUUGCCAACAGCUUGGAGCUCAGGGCACUAAGAUCUUUAGUACUGCCAACAGCUUGGAGCUUAGGGGACUAUAUCUUCUUUUCUUUAAUGGCAUCAAUAUCUUGGGUACUAUUGAUAUGUUUGGACUCGCAACUACUUAAGAUGGUAAUUUUGUUAA